UCCUCAACGGUUUUGGGGGGAGAUCCGGCGAUAAGCCAUUAUAAAAGACAAAAGAUGAGCCCGGUGCAUCACAUUUUGUCGUGGUGCAUCCGAAACAUCGUUUUUUUGCGCAGAUAUAGAGUCGAAGACGACGUCAUGAAACAAGCCCUCAUCUCGCUGGCCUUAUUUGGCCUGUGCGCCUGCGCGCGCCUCGACAACCUCCAGUACCUCCCUCCCUCCCAGAGACCCUCUGGAGGCGCUCCGGGAGGUGGCGCCGGAGGUUACCCCGGCGGACAAGCUCCAGGCUUCGGAGGCGGCGCUCCAGGAUUCGGAGGACGCCCUCAAGGACCUGGAGGUGCUCCAAGCUUCGGAGGAGGCGCUCCAGGAUUCGGUGGAGGUGCUCCAAGUUUCGGAGGUCGUCCUCAGGGAGCUGGAGGAGCGCCAGGUUUCGGAGGAGCCGGUGGAGCUCCAGUAUAUGGAGCACCAGGUGGAGGAGCCGGAGGUAAAGGAUUCGGAGGUGCUCCAGGCUUUGGAGGUGGAGCUGGAGGUGCUCCAGGAUUCGGUGGAGGUGCAGGAGGUGCUCCAGGAUUCGGUGGAGGAGCUGGAGGUGCUCCAGGAUUUGGAGGACAAGGAGGAUACGCCGGAGCAGGAGGUAAAGCAGGAGCAGGAUCUGAAAUACCAAUCCUUCGUUUGGAGAAUGUCAAUGAGGGUGACGGUACCUAUCACUACAGCUACGAAACCGGCAACGGAAUCAGCGCAGAAGAACAAGGAGACGCCAGAGGAGACGGAACUAAAGCCCAAGGAUCUUUUGGAUACACUUCUCCCGAGGGAGAGCAAAUUCAGCUCCAAUACACCGCCGACGAGAAUGGAUUCAACCCUCAGGGAGCUCAUUUGCCCACCCCACCACCAAUCCCACCAGAAAUCCAGAGAGCAAUUGAACAGAACUUGGCUGAUGAAGCUAGAGGCAUCGUAGACGAUGGAUCGUACCAACCCGGGCCAGAAGAGGGCGGUGCCGGUGCCGGAGGAUAUCAAAGAGGAGGUUCCGGAGGAGGGUACCCUAGCGGAGGCGGUGGAGCCGGAGGUUACCCAAGCGGAGGUGGCAGACCUGGUGGUUUCCCCAGCGGUGGUCAAGGAGGAUACCCAGGAGGUAGAGGAACCGGAUUUGGAGGAGGUGCUUCAGGUGGAGGCGCUGGAGGAUACCCCAGCGGAGGGCCUGGAGGUGCAUUCCCUGGAGGAAGCAAACCUGGAUUUGGUGGAGGCGCUCCAGGAGGCGGAUACCCUAGCGGAGGUCCAGGAGGUGCAUUCCCUGGAGGAAGCAAACCUGGAUUCGGCGGGGGUGCUCCAGGAGGUGGAUACAAACCUUCAGGAGGUGUAGGAGGACUUGGAUCAGGACAAUCUGCUGCAGGUGGUGGAUAUAGAUAUUAAAAAAUUUGUACAUAAGACAAAGAAAAGCAUGAUACUGAUUUUAAGAACUUUUAUUCUCUUGGCAUGCACUUUUUAAAAAUAACACAAAAAUAAAUAUUUUUUUUGCCGAGAAAAUAAAUAAUAAUAUGCAUGUUAUUUUAAGUAAAUAAGAAAGAGUACAAUUUUAAAUAUAAAAAACUCAAUUUAAGGGAAACAAAUAUAUAUAGGGUGAAACAAUUUUAAGAAAUAAGGCAAUAAAGAAUACCUUUUAGACAAAAAAUAAUAUCAGGGUGGUCUGAAAUAUAUAUAGAGGAUUAGAAGCAGGUCAAAUUGAGGUACUUCUUGACACACUCCACCUAGUGUGAUACCUAAUUAAAAAUCUAUGAAGAAAAAUGAACAAAAUCCUUAUUAUAAUCAUUGUUUCCUCUCCAGUCCUAGGAUAUAUAUUUUUUUUAACAGUAUUUUUAGUCCAAAAUGUAUUCCUAAUAGAUUCUCUUCAAAUUUUCACCCUGUAUACAAAACAAUUCUUGCCAUACACGACGAACUCUAUGUAUUAAUUAGGAUAUAAUCUACUGCCUACUUUGCUUAGACGGUUACCACAUAUGCUGCCAUUUUUUCUUAACUGUAAACGAAUCAAAAUAGUGAUUGGUAAACGGAAAACUAAAAAUCUGCAUGUCAUAGUGGUAUGAAUUACAAAAAGCUUGUUGCAUGAUCUUGAGGUGAACGCUGUGUUUUAUUUUGUAUUUACACCGUUUUUCUUGUGUAUAUACCUUGUGCAAUUUUGUGUAUAAAACGCUGAAUAAUAUACGUUUUUUUUUGUA